UCCUGUACAUGCUGAGGCAGAACUGGGCAGUCAGGCACGUUUACACACACUCACACACACUCACUCACACUCAUCUGCUGUCAGCAGUACACACGAGCUGAGCCCCGCGUCUCUUUGUCCGCGAUCCUAGCGCUCUCAUCAUGAGCCAGAGGUGAUCCUCGUUCCCGGUGGUUCUGGGAGUCCAGGUCUGCGGCGAAAGAGCGUAAAAGAGAGAGGCCUCUUUAUAGGUGAAGGGAUUGCCCAGGUCCACAGCGCCCAGAACCUGACGGAGAGCAGCAGUUAUCCAGGCAGGACUAAAGACCAGGAUGGACAAGGAAGAUCUGAAGAUUGUCAACAAGGGUUUGGAGGAUGAGAUGGAGCUGAGUGGGUACCGACUGUGCCGAUGGAAGCUGGUUCUGGUGGGUUUGGGUGGUCUCUGUACAGGCGGUUUUCUCUUCCUGCUGCUCUAUUGGAUGCCUGAAUGGUGUGUGAAGGCCACCUGCACACGGACCACCGUCAGAGACGCAGACGUCGCCCUCUUACGAAGCACUGACGAGUUCAAGCGCUGGUUUCGAGCGAGGAUUCGGAUAAUGCUGGCCCCUGGGAAGGACCCUUAUGACAACCUGGCCUCUCAAACCGCCUCCCCUCAGGCCAAUGACCACGCCCACAACCCCUCUGACUCCGCCCCUGGGAAAAUCACCAGCAAUCCAGAGGACCAGCAUGUGCCGAGACGUUAUUUUACCCUCCACAGCACUAAAUUCUUUUGGAACGACUCCAUUCAGAACUUUGAAGUAUUGAAAGGCCUGGAAGAUCUGAGCAUGACCUGCUCAUCCGUUCACUCAAAGCACAGCGCCGGGCUCAACAAAAACCAGCAGGAGUACAGGAGAUUUUUUUUCGGACUGAAUGAAAUAGACGUGAAAGUGCCUUCUCUUUUCAAGCUGCUAAUUAAGGAGGUCCUCAAUCCUUUCUACAUCUUCCAGCUCUUCAGUGUUAUCCUGUGGUGUACUGAUGAAUACUAUUACUACGCAAUGGCCAUAGUCGUCAUGUCAGUCAUAUCAAUAGCUACCUCUCUCUACACUAUUAAAAAGCAAUAUGUAAUGCUACACGACAUGGUGGCAGCACACAGUACUGUUCGAGUUACAGUCUACAGGGGCGAAAACGAAACAGAGGAAGCCCUGUCUACAGACUUGGUCCCCGGCGAUGUCAUCGUCAUCCCCAGCAACGGGACCGUCAUGCCCUGUGAUGCAGUGCUCAUCUGUGGAACCUGCAUUGUUAAUGAGAGCAUGCUUACAGGUGAGAGUGUUCCAGUCACAAAGACUGACCUUCCAAACCCUCAACGGGACAAGAAGGGUGGGGAUGGAGACGAGAUCUACAGCACAGAGGAACACAAGAGACACACACUCUUCUGUGGCACAAACGUCAUACAGACCCGCUACUACACGGGAGAAAUGGUCAAAGCCGUGGUGGUCCGCACAGGUUUCAGCACUGCUAAAGGGCAGCUCAUCCGCUCCAUCCUGUACCCCAAACCCACAGAUUUUAAGCUGUACCGGGACGCCUACCUGUUCCUGCUGUGCCUGGUGGCCGUUGCCAGCGUCGUCUUUGUCUAUUCUUUGGUCAUGAAAAUCAUAAAUCAGGAAACAGUAAAGGAAAUCAUAGUCAAGUCUCUGGACAUCAUUACUAUCACGGUGCCCCCUGCGCUGCCGGCAGCCAUGACAGCGGGCAUCGUCUAUGCUCAGCGGCGCCUCAAGAAAGUCGGGAUAUUCUCCAUCAGCCCACAAAGAAUCAACAUCUGUGGGCAGCUGAACCUGGUGUGCUUUGACAAGACCGGCACCCUCACAGAAGAUGGCUUGGACAUGUGGGGAAUUCAACGAGCAGAAGAUGGCAGAUUCCACCAUUCGGAAGAAAAAGCAGACGAUAAGAGCUUAGUAACAACCAAGUUUGUGUCCUGUAUGGCCACCUGUCACUCCCUCACCAAGAUUGAGGGUCAGCUCUCUGGAGAUCCACUAGACCUCAAGAUGUUUGAGGCCACAGGCUGGAUAUUGGUGGAAGCUACAGAAGAGGAGACGGCUCACCACGACCGCAUUGAACUCACUUACGUAAAACCACCCAAUCAGCUUCUGCCGCCACCAGUCAUAUCACCUGAACAGGACAUGGAACUGUCUGAACUCUAUGAGCUCUCGGCAUCAUAUAUGAUCGGUAUCGUGCGGCAGUUCUCCUUCUCCUCUGCUCUGCAGAGAAUGAGCGUGGUUGUCCGACAGAUCGGAGAGAGACGCAUGGACGCCUAUCUAAAAGGAGCUCCAGAGGUUGUGGCAAGCCUGUGUAAGAAAGAAACCGUACCAGAGGAUUUUGCAGAGGUUCUGGAGGACUACACCAAACAGGGCUUUCGGGUCAUCGCGCUGGCACACAGACGGCUAGAAUCCAAACUUACAUUUCACAAAGUGCAGAACACUAACCGGGAUCAAAUUGAGAAAAAUAUGGAUUUUCUGGGUUUGAUCAUCAUGCAGAACAAGCUGAAAACGGAAACUCCAGGUGUGCUGGAAGAUCUACGACGUGCCAACAUACGCACCGUUAUGGUCACAGGUGACAACAUGCUGACGGCCAUCUCUGUGGCACGAGACUGCGGCAUGAUUCAGCCACAAGACCGAGUCAUUAUUGCCGACGCUCUGCCCCCUAAAGACGGCCAGGCUGCCAAGAUCACCUGGCACUAUGCCGACAAACCCAGCAAAUUCUCGAACAAGCCCACCAAACUAGAGGAGAUGGAGAUUAUUAUGGAAGAUGGGCAUUCUGUGGAUGAGAUGAAAACUCAGGAACAGUAUCACUUUGCCAUGAGCGGCAAAUCAUUUGCUGUAAUUACUGAGCAUUUCCAGGACCUGCUACAGAAGCUGGUGCUUCGUGGAACAGUGUUUGCAAGGAUGGCGCCUGACCAGAAGACUCAGCUUGUUGAGACAUUAGAAAGUGUAGACUAUUUUGUUGGAAUGUGUGGAGACGGAGCGAACGACUGUGGGGCACUGAAGAGAGCUCAUGCUGGGAUCUCCCUGUCAGAGCUGGAGGCUUCAGUGGCUUCUCCAUUUACCUCCACAACUCCCAGCAUCACCUGUGUGCCCAAUCUGAUCAGGGAGGGCCGAGCGGCUCUCAUCACCUCCUUCUGUGUGUUUAAGUUCAUGGCUCUGUACAGUAUUAUUCAAUGCCUCAGUGUCGCCCUUCUCUACUCCAUUCGCAGUAACCUGGGCGACUUCCAGUUUCUCUUCAUCGAUAUGGCUAUCAUUCUUUUAAUUGUCUUCACUAUGAGUUUGAAUUCCGCAUGGAAGGAGCUUGUCGCCCAAAGACCUCCCUCCGGUCUCGUCUCAGGUCCUCUCCUCUUCUCAGUUCUGACCCAGAUUCUCAUUUGCCUGGGUUUCCAGAUCAUGGCCUUCCUCUUGAUCCAAGAAUUGGACUGGUACUCCAAACCAGAUUUCUACAACUGCUCUGCUCCCCAUCACAUGGAUAACUCCACUGAAGCAGAACCUGAAGAAAGAAUCAUGAACCGUGUGAAUACCACACUCUUCUUCGUCUCCUCUUUUCAGUACCUCAUUGUUGCCAUUAUUUUCUCCAAAGGAAAACCUUUCCGCCAGCCCAGCUACAAGAACUGGCCGUUUGUCCUCUCUGCUUUAAUUCUCAUCAUUUUCCUGUUUUUCAUCAUGUUUGUCCCAAUCUCUGGAAUCUAUGAAUUUUUAGAGCUCGUAUGUGUUCCUUUGAGCUGGCGUGUGUCUAUGGUUCUCAUCGUGCUGGGCAACACCCUAGUGUCUGUCUUCAUCGAGACCGUCGUGCUUGACGUCAUCUUAUGGAAGCAUGUGUUCAGCAGAGACAAGCAGGGCAGCUAUGGCGUCUCCCCUGCAGGCCCGACACCACAGGAGGGAAUAGACAUGUUUGGAACGAAAUGCCUCUCCUGGCUCUGCUGCCGGCAGAAAAAAGUGCCCAAGGCUCGGUACAUGCACCUGGCCCAAGAGCUGAGCGUGGAUCCUGACUGGCCUCCCAAACCUAAGAGCACUACUGAAGCCAAACCCACCCCUCAUCCGGAUGACUGCUCCUACCAGAUCGAGGCCGUUUCCUAGCGUUUCCACCAACACACUCCAUAUCGCAUGUCUAAACCACCAGGAAUACCUUUAAACAAAUGAAACAGUCAAAUAAUAACGGUUUUGUUAAAAGAGAUACGAAAAAGACACCAAAAACCUGCAAAGGAGAGUUUGUAUUAGCACCUCAAAGAUAUCUUGAGGUGAUUCAUUGUCUCUCUUUUUUUGAUUUUUUUUUUCCUGCUGCUCAAGAUUGUUUUUUUUAGUGGGCGGGGUUCACAGGCUGGGAACUGUGGAAUCUCCGCCCACACUGGAAUGCGGUUUGUCACCGAUAUCCCCUUAACACAUCAAGUAGACCGCAAAGUGAUUGAACUCUACCAAAUGUGGCUCUUUACAUCACCUUUUCCAUGAUUUCAUGGACCUGGUGGCUCUCCUACGGAUAUCAGCUCUUCACUGGAUUUCAAGCGACGUUCUGUAAUGUAGUUGGUAGCCCAUCAUCUCUACUGGCUGCGCGGCAGGGGCUGCACGCAAACGCUUUGAAAACCAUCGCUGCAUGUGGAACAAACCAAACCAAACUCUAGUGACUCACAGAAUCCAAGAUCCAGCUUAAUUUACAGCCAGCUCGUUUUUACAAAUAUAUCGAGGUAGAUAUAUAUAAUUACACACGAUCUUUACUUUUCAUAUCUCUUCCCAUGGAAGAAUCAAGGUGGGAUUCAGAUGAGAAAGGCCAAACAUUGUGAAAGUCGUUUCUGUUUUGUUCACCUCUCCUGGCACAGUAUCCAGUGAUGGGUUUUGAUUUGGUCCAUCCUGAAACUUUUUACCAAUUUUUGUUGAAAACAGUGUCACGGCAAGUCCUGGUUUAUUCAGCGUCGUCAUAUUUGCAAUGACGCAUUUCUAGGAAUUGCAUUGGGAAUCGGCUGGAAGGGGCUCAGGUGCAUUGAUUGUUCACAAAGAUAUUUAGGGCACAUUCAUUAGGAAAAUGUACAAAUGAUAGAGCUUUAAACUGGAGUCUUUGUUUGAGGUGGGGACUAUCUGAAAACUGUAUGUUCAAAUUUUGCAAUCCAAAUCAAAUUAGGCUGCCAAUGAAAUCACUCAAAAUUGGCCAGAUUACAGUAUUACUUGUGCAUGAAUUAUUAAUUGUUUUGCUGCUAAUCUAUGAAAAAAAGCAAUUUUUAAAAUCCUAAAUAACAAACUGAAGGUUCGAAAUGUUGCAGAUGAUCCCUUCCCUUCUUCCAGAUUUACUUGCAUAAUUUAUGCAGUGCAGUUCAACUAUCCUCAACUUUUGCAAGCUUGCCUCCGUGUAUCUUUUUUGGUUUAUUUGAAGGAAAACGUGUUUAUAUAUAUAUAUAUAUAUUUUGUGUUGUUCCUGAAAUGAACCACUAAACAGUAUCAGGUGGUCACCUUUGUUUUUUUUCUUUGACCGUUUGUAUUGUCGCAUGUGAAGUUUUGGUCAGUCAUUUUGCUUAGGUUGGUGUCUGUCUUUUUUUUUUUUUUUUUACAUUUUAACACGCGCAC